GUAGAUAAUGGUAGUAGGCCCAGUAGGCAUCAGCGGAUUACAUGUGUGGCCCAGUUUUCUCUAUGAGGCCAGAAUGUUUGGCUUCAGGUUGUUGGCCCAUAACCACAACGUGUUUGCGCACCCACGAGUAGAGAGGACAUGAGAGGACAUUGACCUUUCUAAAUUCUCCACCUCAAUCUAGGCGGUUUUGUGCGUUUGGUCCGUCAGCCCUUGGGCUCUCAGCGGAGCCUCGUGGUUUGCCGACUCACAGUUCUACAUGAAUCUCUAUGUCGUGAGCCUCCUGUCCGCUGUCGCCCUCGGCUUCCGCGCGGAUGUCCAAUACCAACGCGUGGAUGCGAUCGACCCAGCAGAGCGCCGGAAGAUGGUCGAGAGCUUCGGGAAGUUCAAGGCCAUUCUGGCGACCAACCAGUCACGCUUUCUGAAGGACUGUGCCAAGGCCAGCGACUACAUCUCAGACGUGCUCUCUUGUGGCAACACAGUCCUUUGCUAUUCCAGGCUUUUUACCAAGGACCCUUUGGUACUCAAGAAGAACCUGAAGAUUGGCAAGAAAAAUGUGGAGAAAGCACUGAAGAAUGUGAAAUCUUGCCUUUCCACGCCACUGGAUUACAUGUACUUGGACUAUGUGACGUUGGGCCUAUGGAAGCGCGUGCAAGAUUUGGUUCGCCAUACAGACCUGGGCAACCAAAGUCCUGGGGCCUUGUCGCAUGGUAGCUUGGAGAGGAAGUUUUUGCAAGCACGUGGAGGAAGAAACUUCUUGAUUGAUGUGGCACAAGCCAGCCUGGAUUCGCUGAAGGCAGAGCUGUUGAGGAAGGAAGAUCCAGAGGACUUACCAAGAGUCUUCUUCGCAUAUCUUUCGUGGAGCACCGUCGGCACUUGGCGAUCACAGAAUCACCUCUUCGCCAUUGUGAAGCGAAGCAACACCAACUUUCACAUCAUGCAGGGCUACAUCAAGUCAGAUGUUGAGCCAGGAUAUGACCUUUCGGACUGGCUGUGCUCGAGAAACCCCUUUGCCAACAUCAAUGGCUUUGGAGCCUUCUCGAUGCACAAGUUCUUGGACCAUUUGGACACCUUUAUCGACAAUGGUCAUGAAGGGGAUACCUUCGACGGGGACAACCACGCCGCCAUGUUUUUGGUGCGGGAGAAGAACUUCGAGGGCAAGGAGUAUGUGCCAGCUUUUGCAUGGUUUGAGGUCGAGCAGUCGGACAUGAAUUCGGACCAGGACAUCGCCCUCAUGGUGAAGUCUGCCACUUCCCAAGCUCAAGCAGUGCCACUGGAGGAGCAGUGUCAGGAUUUGGAGAAGAUCCAUGAGGGGAAACUUCUGCCAGGUGAGACACUGAAGGCUCGCCCCGGAGCACUGGCGGCCUUGCGCUCGGAUCGCCCAGAGGACUGGACCCUGGAGCAGCAGACGAGCUCCGAGGUGUUUGCCCGGGACAUGCGCCAAACGGACGAGGAAGAAGAGUGAAGCGUUUUCACCUGGCGGAGCUCAUCGCCGAAGCAAGCCAGAAGAUCGAAACAGAGCGGACCACGGCGGAGCACCUGGCGAGCCAGCGCUCGAACGAGGCGGCCGCCGAGGCUGCUUCUCUUCAGACCUUGC